GGAGAGGAGAAGAGAGAAGAGAGAGGAGAGGAGAGGAGAAGAGAGAGAGGAGAGGAGAGGAGAAGAGAGAGAGGAGAGGAGAGGAGAAGAGAAGAGAGAGAAGAGAGGAGAGGAGAAGAGAAGAGAGAGAGGAGAAGAGAUGGCCGUGUCUGAUGUGCUAGAGGAUGAUCUGGAGGAAUGUCUGCUGGAGGAGGCUGAGGACGUCUUCUACGACGGAGUGUCGUCCCGUUUCCCAGAGAUCAUGGCGGCGGGGACACACUCCCCCGGAGGUCCUAACGGAAUCAUCCGCAGCCAAUCAUUCGCCGGAUUCAGCACCCUGCAGGAGAGACGCUCACGGUGUAACUCGUUCAUGGGGAACUCGGUGGUUCAGCGGAAGCCUCAGUCCAAACCCAAGAAGCCGCACGUGUCCAAGUCCAGCAGCAGCAGCAGCUCUAGAGAACCCAACGCCAAGCGCUUAGAGGAGGUGUACUGUACCCUUAAACAGGGGCUAGAUGAGUACCUGGAGGUCCACCAGGCAGAGCUGGACAAACUCACCUCCCUCAUGAAGGACAUGAAGAGGAACUCCAGACUGGGGGUGCUAUAUGAUCUCGACAAGCAAAUCAAAACUAUUGAGCGGUACAUGCGGCGCCUGGAGUUCCACAUUAGUAAGGUGGAUGAGUUGUUUGAGGGCUUCUGUAUCCAGAGGCGUCUGCGUGAGGGAGCCAAUAAGAUGAAGCAGGCCUUUAGCUCCUCCCCCUCCACCAAGAGCACCAGAGAGAGUCUUGCAGAGGUCAACCGCCGCUACAAGGAGUACACCGAGAACAUGUGCACAUUUGAGGGGGAACUAGAGAGCCUGCUGGGAGAGUUCCACAUCAAGAUGAGAGGCCUGGCUGGCUUCGCCCGUCUGUGUCCAGGGGAUCAGUAUGAGAUCUUCAUGCGGUACGGUCGUCAGCGGUGGAAGCUGAAGGGGCGUAUCGAGGGCAACUCUCGUCAGAGUUGGGACGGAGAGGAGAUGAUCUUCAUGCUCAUCACCGACCUCAUCUCCAUCAAGCCCGUUCGACGUGGAGGACCUGACUCUGUCCACGGGGAACGUUAACAAGGCCACGGCGCUGCAGAGACGCGUCUCCGUCUACAGCCAGGGCACGCCGGACACACCCACCUUCCAGGACGCCUCCUUCUUCUCCACGCUGCCAGAUGACGUCUUUGAGAAUGGCGGCUGCGGAGGCGUGGCCGAGUGCAAGCGCCUGUCCUUCACCUUCUCGGACACGCCCACCUCCACCCCCGACCCCAACGCCAGCCAAUCAAACCCUGAGAUCACCGUCACACCCCCCGAGAUCGACGCCCCCCCUCCCCUCUCUCUGGAGGAAGAAGAGGAGGAGGAGGAGGAGGAAGAGGAGGAGAGCGGCGAGGUGAAGUGUCAUAAGGAGGAGGAGGAGGAGGAGGAGGAGGAGGAGGAAGAGGAAGAGGGGAGUGUGAGUGCGAGUGUGAGCGUGAGCGCCAGCGAGGUGAAGUGUGAGGAGGAGGAGGAGGAGGAGGAAGAGGAGGAAGAGGAAGAGGGGAGUGUGCACGCCAGCGAGGUGGACUCGGAGUGGGAUCGCGUCACGGCCAGCAGCAGCGGUCAGCAGCGUUCCGCUGCCCCCUCCCUCUGCUCCGCUGCCCCCUCCCUCUGCUCCGCUGCCCCCUCCCUCUGCUCCGCUGCCCCCUCCCUCUGCUCCGACUCCCAGCUGUCCGCCGUCAGCCCCGACGACGUGCUCUUCCUGGACCCAGGUGGCCCCGACAUUCCCGGCGUUCCGGACAUUCCCGGCGUUCCGGACGAGGCGUCGGAGGAGCUGAAGCCGCUGGAGCUGGACGCUGAGGGGGGCAGCCUGACGCGGCAGCUGGUGCGGAGACUCACCUCCUCAGACGUCCUUCCCGACGUCCUUCCCGACCUCCUUCCCGAGACCGAGCCUGAGCCCGCCGAAGCCCACCGCUGGACGGGCGAGGGAGAGGGUGGCGCGGGGCGCAGGCGGGCAUCGGAGGACGCGGUGCCCUCGGCGGAAGCCCAGAGCUGGACGGGAGAGGGCAGCAGGGCGUUCCUGGAGAGCAGUCUGGAGGAGGCGGUCCAGAACCUUCUGAUGCGUCUGGAGGACGCUCCGCAACGCUGCAGAGAACUGCAGGACCUGGAACAGGAAGUGAUGCGGCUGGAGGACCUGCUCAAGUGUCGGCUGCCUGCUCAGCGCAGCGGCUCGUCCAGUCUCAGUCUGACCGUAGAGAGCGCGCUCGAGAGCUUCGACUUCCUCAACACGUCCGACUUCGACGACGAUGACACGGGGGACGACUCCAGUGCCCUGCCACACUCCGCCCUCUACCACAUGACCGGGCCGGGGCAGCAGGCGGAGGUGCGGGGGCAUGUGAGCGAGGCGGGGCAUCACCCGGAGGUAAGGGGGCAUCUGAGUGAGGCGGGGCAUCACCCGGAGGUAAGGGGGCAUCUAAGCGAGGCCCUGACGGAGGACACUGGCGUGGGCAACAGCGUGGCGGGAAGCCCCCUCCCCCUCACCACCGGCAACGAGAACCUGGACGUGGCCAUCGUCAUACACCUGCAGUACUGCAGCCACCUGGUGCAGCGUCUCUCUGGCGGUGUGUGUGUGUGUGUGAGUGUGUGUGAGCGCAAGUCUCUCUUGCGGAAGCUCUCGGGUCAGACUCGCCUGCUGGAGGACCUGAGUGACCUCAGCACUGAGAGACUGGGCAGCGUCAGCACCGCAGUGGACGUGCUCCCUGGCCUGGCGGAUAGGCCGGCGCUGCUGUCUCUGUGGGCGGAGUCUAGUGGGGGGUGUGGCCUGUUCCACACCACUCUGGACCGCGUCGUCACACACCUCCAGCGCUGCUGCACACACACAGCGCCCGACACACUACCCCUCAGCCCAGACACCGUGGUCCGGCUGGUGGUCAGUGAGAUGCUGGACCGUAGUGAGCUGGCGUGUCCGGUGGCGGGUUCCGCGUGUGCGUUGGAUCAGGACGUUCUCACAGUGUUCCAGUUCUACAGCUACGCCACCGAGAACCGCGUGGAGAACAUGCAGGAACAUCUGCAGCAGCUGGCAGCAGAAGUGGUGUUAGGGGAGACUCUGAUCUCAGGGGACGGCGAGCGGUCAGUGCGGGAGCUGGAGUGUGUGUGUGUGUCCGCGCUGCGUCCACGAGCGUCCACCCUGAGAGCCGUCGCCGCCCUGCUCACCUCCGAGGACACACACCUCAGCAAGGCCGCCAUCUCCUUCCUCACCACCGCCUCCGCACACACACUCUUCAGGGCAAAGGCUGUAGAGUGGUACACAGAGGCACUGUUCGAGGUCGGAGUUCACACACAGAGAUCUGCUUGUGCUGCCCUCAGCUGUCUACAGGCAACGGAGAGCAUCAGUGCCGUGGUAACCCUGUGCCACUCCGCCGAUGAAGAACUCCGCCACCUCGCCAUAGAAACGCUCCUGACCUUCGGUGAGGAGGGGCGUUUGGCGUAUGAGCAGCUGGAUGUGGUUCCGAGGGAGAUGAUCCGAUUGGGUACUCGGCGCAGCACCGCCGUCACUACGGCCUUCUGAGGACGCCAUGGAAACGGCCGCCGUGGAAACCACCACUGUGGGGGCGGCCCCCCCCCCACCCCCCACCUCCACAAAAUACUCCUCAGCCUUGAGCCAUGCUGUCAGGGAGUUGAGGACAAGUCAUGAAUUCAUACACGCACGCACGCACGCACACACGCACGCACGCACACACACACACACAUGCACACACACUUACUCAUACAGAUACACACACAUGUACUCUCUAACAAACACAAAACACACACACAUGCAAACCAAGGGCCCAAGAGUUCUGUGGAGUCCUCUGGAGUUCUAGACUGUUUGGAUCAGAACUCUGUGUCUAGAGUUCUGGACUGUUUGGAUCAGAACUCUGUGUCUAGAACACAAGAAGCCAUCUUACUUCUGUGCAAUUAACAUGAUGAUCACGAGUUGAGCAUCAGCGUCCAUGUUGUUCUCAUUAGGGUCAAUACUAGGCAUAGUCAUGUGACCGUUACAUCAUAAUCAUGUGACCGUUACAUCAUAAUCAUGUGACCGUUACAUCGGUGUAUAUUAGUUCUCGUUUAGUUCUCGUUUAGUUCUUCUUUUUGUUUUGUGCGUUGAAGUUGCACUCCUGGAGGCUUGUAUAUACCCCCCCCCCCCCCAUAUGCCCCCCCAGCUCUGCGUCAGGGAUGCACAGGUGCACUGAGGGAGGGGCAAGUGGCUCAUCUGCUGCCCCGCAGGCCUGCACCCGUCAUGUGGGGGGGUCAUGGGGGGGUGAAUAUUCCCCUCGUCCCUCUCCCCCCUCCGCUAGCUCAGUCAGGGAUUGGGUGACCUUUGUGUGACCUCCAGGUGGGGAGUGUGUGUGUGUGUGUGUGUGUGUGUGUGUGUGUGUGUGUGUGUGUGUGUGUGUGUGUGUGUGUGUGUUCGGGUCCAGAGCUGGUGAGCUUUGAGGUUCUGAACGGAACAAGACCUCUGGGCUGGGUUCUGGGUUCUGGGUUCUGGGUUCAGCCCGUGUGUUAGUGCAUCUUACUGUGAAUGCAGACCCUGAGACUGGGGUUCUAAGGGGUUCUAAGGGGUUCUAAGCAGCGUCAGGCUCUGCGUCUCUUUGCUACUGAGUGGAGGGGGAACCAGGACGAGGUUCUGUUUUUUAUUAUUCUGUUUUCAGCUUGGUUCUCCUCUUGUAUUUAUUUAUUUUGUAAACAAAUGCAGUUGUUUUAAACAGUGCAAUGCUCAUAUAAUAUCUUUCUCUAAUUUCUACUUUUUGUGUUUGAUGAUGAGCAGAGAUUCUGUUGUUGACGUGUUUUGGGUUUGAUGUGACCCCUGGAUCUGGGACAGACGUGAGUCGGAUCUGGCCACCGCCUGGCCCUGAUGUGGCACAGGUCUGGCUGUGAUUCUGUUUGAUCAACUCCACAGGUGUAAAACAACUGAUCCGGUUUAGCCUGAUUCAGUUUGAUCAACUCCACAGGUGUAAAACAACUGAUCCGGUUUAGCCUGAUUCAGUUUGAUCAACUCCACAGGUGUAAAACAACUGAUCCGGUUUAGCCCUGUGCAUUCUACUGUCCUUCUGCCCGUAUUUCAGGAUCAUCUUAGAAAGAUCGUCAAAAUGGUUUUAUGUCCCAAAAAACGCACUCGAACAUUUUGGUGAUAUUUAUCUCAUUCAACAUGAAGUAAAGAGCAACCAAAGCAGAAUUGGAGACUUCGCUCCACAGCAGGAUGGAGCGGCACAUUGGGAAUGUGUUUGAAACCAGGACCACCAAGAUAGCACCAGAAGCACAACUGAAGUUUGACUUCAUACAUUUAUACAUUUGUAUUUGCAUUUAAUACGUAUACUACUCCCUGUCUGAAAGCCAUAGCGAUAGACAAAGCAAAUUAAUGUAUUUAAGGCUUUUUGUCAUAUUUUUGCUGUAUAAUAAUAAUAAUAAUAAUAAUAAUAAUAGUAUUUUUGGAUGGGCAGGCAGUGUUGUAAGUUAUUAUUAAGACUAGAGAGAGGCCUUUUAUUCAGAGUUUUGCUUUUCUGUACAUUUGAGUUAUGGGUGCCUGUCGCCCUGCGAGGAGCUUCCUUUCUGGGGUUUCAGCAGGUGUGUGUGUGUGUGUGUGUGUGUGUGUGUGUGUGUGUGUGUGUGUGUGUGUGUGUGUGUGUGUGUGUGUGUGUGUGUGUGUGUGUGUGUGUGUGUGUGUGUGUGUGUGUGUGUGUGUGUGUGUGUGUGUGUGUGUGUGUGUGUGUGUGUGCGCGUGUGUGUGCGUGUGCGGUUUCAGCAGUUGUGUCUGUGUGCGUGGUUUCAGCAGUAGUGUGUGUGUGUGUGUGUGUGGUGUCAGCACUUGUGUGUGUGUGCGUGGUUUCAGCAGUUGUGUGUGUGUGUGUGUGUGUGUGUGCGUGUGGUUUCAGUAUUUUAGUGUUUUUAUCCUGCGCUGUGAGGAGACGCUCACACUCCACUCCCACCGAGUCCGGCCUGCUGGUCUCCACGCACACACACACACACACACACACACACACACACACACACACACACACACACACUGGUCUCCACGCACGGGCGUCGGAAGAGUGAGCGCUGUUUCGGAAGAGUGAGCAGAAGAGUGAGCGCUGUUUUGAAAAAGGGACCGGUGUUUCGAAAGCAUUCGACUGCCUUUUGCUCCGCUAUACAAACGCUCACUGCUUCUGUUGUGCAUCUAAAUCCUACACAGACGAUGUCUUUCAGUUGUAAAAUAUGACUAUGCGAUAUUGAUUUUUUGUUUCCGCAGGGUAUUUGAGAUGAUGUGAGACUGAGUCACACACUGAUACACAUGUUGAGUAAAAGACUCAAGGGGAAGCUAACAUGUUCUUGUUUUGGGCUUAUGGGCUUCUGUACUUAUCAUUUUCCUUACUUACUUGUUUUUGAGAUAUACAGUAUUCUCUCUGUUCAUUGAAAGUGGCAAUAAAGUUUAUUUUUGCAUAAUUAUAAAA